UAAGCGGGGCAGAAAAAAAAAAACUUUUUUGAGGGGAAACUUGGAGACGGCUGUAUUACAUCGGAACUACGGGAUGCAAAGCGGUGUCGUUUGAAUGCAGAGUUGAAAAAAAAAAACAGUUCGACAGGACGCCUUCGUCGUUGCGGUACAAUGGGACUCCCCACUUUGGAGUUCAGUGACUCUUUCCUGGACAGCCCGGACUUCAGAGAGCGGCUCAAAUGUCAUGAAAUCGAGCUCGAGCGCACCAACAAAUUCAUCAAAGACCUCAUCAAAGAUGGAAACAUGCUCAUCACCGCGCUCAGGAAUCUCUCUGCUGCUGUCCAGAAGUUUUCCCAGUCCCUGCAGGAGUUCCAGUUUGAGUGCAUAGGUGAUGCGGAGACAGAUGACGAGGUGAACAUCGCCCAGUCCUUCAAAGAGUUCUCUCAGCUAUUGACCACCGUGGAAGAAGAAAGGAGGCGCUUGAUUCAGAAUGCAGAUGACGUGUUGAUUACUCCCUUGGAAAAAUUUCGGAAGGAGCAGAUCGGCGCUGCGAAGGAGGGGAAGAAGAAAUUUGAUAAGGAAACCGAGAAAUACUACUCCACGCUUGAGAGACACCUCAACUUGUCGUCCAAAAAGAAGGAAGCCUACCUGCAGGAGGCCGACACGCAGAUUGAUAAGGAGCGGCAACUCUUCUAUGAUGCGUCCCUCGAGUACGUUUUCAAAAUACAGGAAGUGCAAGAAAAAAAGAAGUUUGAAUUUGUCGAGCCGCUCCUGGCCUUUCUUCAGGGUUUGUUUACGUUCUACCAUGAAGGAUACGAGCUGGCUCAUGAAUUUGAGCCUUACAAACAGCAGCUCCAGUUCAACCUACAGAACACACGAAACAACUUUGUGAGCACCAAGCAGGAAGUGGAGAAGCUGAUGAAGAGGAUAAGGUCGGCAGAUCAGGACUACAAACCCCCAGGCCAGUGGACGAUGGAAGGCUUCCUGUACGUCCAGGAGAAACGUCCUCUGGGAUGCACUUGGACCCGCCACUACUGCACAUAUGAGAAAGGCAGCAAGACCUUCACCAUGAGCACCACUGAAAAUAAGUCAGCUGGGAAACAGAAUGGGCUCGUCCUGAACCAGGCGGAGAUGUUCAAACUGAAGUCCUGCAUUCGGAGGAAAACGGACUCCAUCGACAAACGUUUCUGCUUUGAUAUCGAAGUGGUGGAGAGAAAUGACAUCUGUCGUGGAACUCUUUUCAGACCGCUUCAGUUUUUCUGUAAAGUCCGGCAUGGCGUUAUGACACUGCAGGCGCUGUCAGAAUCCAACAGAAGAUUGUGGCUGGAGGCCAUGGAUGGCAAGGAGCCGAUAUACAACCUGCCAGCUAUAUUAAGCAAAAAGGAAGAAACGUUUCUUAAUGAGGCGGGCUUUAACUUUGUAAGGAAAUGCAUUGACCUGGUGGAGACGAGAGGCAUCAACACGAUGGGACUGUACAGAAUCGGAGGGGUCAGCUCCAAAGUUCAGAAGCUGAUGACUACAGUGUUUUCAUCCAAGGCACCAGUGCAUAUGGACCUGGAUCCAGAGACGUGGGACAACAAAACGAUCACCAGCGGUCUGAAGAAUUACCUCAGGUGUCUCUCUGAGCCUCUAAUGACCUUCAAGCUCCACAAAGAUUUCAUCAUGGCCGUCAAGUCGGAUGACCAGAACUACAGGGUGUGUGCUGUCCACUCUUUGGUCCAUAAGUUGCCCGAGAGGAACAAGGAAAUGCUGGAGCUUCUAAUAAAACACCUCGUCACAGUUUCCACAGAAAACCAGGCUAACCUAAUGACAGUGUCGAACCUGGGUGUCAUCUUUGGGCCCACUCUGAUGCGCUCACAAGAGGAAACCGUGGCGGCCAUGAUGAACAUAAAGUUCCAGAACAUUGUGGUAGAAAUACUUAUCGAGAACUUCAACAAGAUCUUUCACCAGCCUCCAGAUCCCAACGUGCCCCUGCCCCAACCUCAGAGCCGAGAGCCUGGCUGUCGGAGGAGCAGGGCCAUCUGUCUGUCGACGGGGCCCAGGAAGCCCCGCAGCCUCUACACGCCGACACUGUGUCUGGCAGAUGCAGAAACAGGUUUUAAUGAGGGCUCUGUGUGCCUCUUCUCUGGUCCCUGCAUAGGUGACACUUUGAGCAGCAGCCCAGGCAGCACCCCCAUGGGCAGCAUGGAGUCUCUGUCCUCCCACUCCUCUGAGCAGAACAGCUCCUCCAAAACCGCCUCCUCCGCUCAGGUCAAGGACAAGACGCUCCUGGACCCCGGCCGAACGCCGUCACAGCUUUCAAACGGCCCCAGGAGCACCGCAUGUGUCAGCAGCCCGGAGUCCAGCUCCAGGGAGGAUGCCGGGCGUACAGAUGGAGAGUCUGAGGAUGCUCUCAGCCUGUCCUCUGUGAGCACCGCACCCAGGCUGUCUCCCGCCCCCAAAAAAGCCCCCCACUGUCGCAUCGACCUCCGGCCGGCAUUGCUGAACCGCUCAGCUGCUCCCUCUCUGAGAUCACUGCACACGGCUGAAGGCCGCAGGAGCUGCUCUGGAUCUGUCCACAAUCUGUCAACACUGGAGCCCAAAGAGAGUCUGAAGCCUGCCGAGCACCCCGAUCUCCCACCGAAAGUAGUGCUCCGCCGCAGGAUGGACACGUCGGCCAGCAACGGCUACCAAAGACCUGGAUCAGUGGUUGCUGCCAGGGCUCUGCUUUUUGAAAAUGCCUCUUCUCAACAGCCCGCUCCAGUCGGAAGAGAUGCCAAAGCAAUGUAUUCCUGUGAGGCGGAACACAGCCAUGAGCUCAGCUUCCCCCAGGGGGCGCACUUCACAAACGUCUACCGCUCUGUUGAACCAGGCUGGCUCCAAGCAACAUAUGAGGGCAGAACAGGUUUGAUCCCUGAGAAUUAUGUCGUCUUCCUCUGACAGGAUGGUAAACUCGGCAUCUUUUCAUGGUAUCCAUGGAAACAUAAUGCACAAUGUGGCUGAUUGUAAUGUUUAUGUCACUUCUGGUGGCUGACAUUUCUGCAUUUUGAUGCAGAUCUCAAACAGGACAGUUAUUGCUCUCACAGUGCUGAAAGUCCAAAUAUGAAAAACCUCCUGAGCUGUACUGACUUCAAUGUUUUAAAGGGUUUGGGGAAUCAGAAGAUCACCAGUCACAGACAAUGAUGUUAGUAUACUCCCCUUCAUCUGCACUGAUAUUUAAAGUCACAGUAUUAGAGCUCCGAAUCACACACAACAAAAUCACAUCCCGUUUCACAAGGUUUAUUGUCAGAAAUAUAUUACCUUUUUUCACUUUCCAUUCUAUCAACGUAACACUUUCAUGGAGUUGUUAAUGGAAAUCUGUAGCUUCAUAAACAUGUCGUAUUAACUGUAAUUUAUCAAGCUGUGAUUAUAAAUAAGGAUAGAUUAUAGUCUAUUAGAAUCUAAUAAAAAAAAAGCAUAAUGGUUUGCACCUUAACUUCCAUGUUCAUGUGAACAUUGUUCAUCCACUGAACCUGCUCACCUCUGCAGUGCACUUUCUCUUUAGCUACACGCUACACGGUACUGUCCACUCCUGCUCCUGACUUCCUGUCUAGUUUCUAAUCCAACAUAUGGACUUCUUGUAACUGGUAGUUACUGUACUAAAUGAUCACAUUAGAUAAAUGUAUGCUGUGUGAAUAUAUAAAUGUGUUUUUUUUUUUAUAUAAUGCCAUGAAUGCUUCGUUUGAGGUGGAGUUCACCUCGAGCGCCUGUUGUGCUUCUGUGUUUACUGGUACACUGCUAUGUAUCAGAUCAUAUCAUGUAAGAGAUGGACGUUUCAUCAUUUACUUUUCUGUUACUGUAACAACAUUUCUAAAGUACAAACUAGUCCAUAUCCAUCUCAAACGUUCACUUCAGUGAUACCAGUUCAGAAAGCCAAAGAUAAAAGAUAAUGACCCCCCCUUCUGCUUUUCACUUCUUACAAUCUGAAAAGUUACAUCAAAGUAAAACUGUCUCUGUUGAUAGUAAACGGUAUUUACAGAUUAUUUCACAUGUCUCUCUUGCCAAGAUCAGGUUAUUCUUUCCCUUUUUACAUUUUUAAGAAUGUGAGCCGGCCUUGACCGUCGAUGCUGGAAGAAAAAAAAAACUCCCUUACACUAAGAGCAUUAUCACGGAAAUGAUAUCCAUAUCCUGAAUAUGUAACAUUUGACAUCCUCUUGUGUAAUUGCAAGCUUGUUUCCUUGCAGUCGCUUUCUGUGUCUUGAAAAAACAUAUUCUAUGUCUAUUAAUAAACAGCGUGAUUUCGAA